CCAAACCCCCAAAUUUUACCCAAUCACCCCCAAAUCUGCUUCUAUUUUUCCUUCCUUUUAAAUUGUUCUUUUUCACCUUUUUCCGGGGGGGGCGAAGCUGCAAACGCGGCCGGAAACCUGAUCUUAAAUGGUUAAAACUGGGUGUAACUUUAAGCCUGGCUCAGCCCCAGGAUGACUUUGCAUUUCCGGAACAGGGAGGGGCAGAAAUAUCGUUUAAUUUCCCAUUUUUAAAGCAAUUUAGAAGCAAAUUGGGGGGGGGGGGACACCCCUUUUCUAUCCCCCCCACCUUAAACAGCAUUUUUUUCCCACUAUUGGCAGCUUUUUGGGGCAUUUUUGGAGGUUUUUCGGUGCGUUUUUAGAGGUUUUUUGGCACGGUUUUAUAGGUUUUUCGGGGUGUUUUGGGGGCAUUUUUGGAGGUUUUGGGGGGGGGUUCACCCCUUUGUCCCCCCCCCCCCAACAGUUCUAGAUGCGGCUCCCCAGUUUUUUGGUGUUUUUCCCCAGUUUUGGGGGGAUUUUCCCCAGUUUUUGGGGGAUUUUUCGUCUCUUCCAGCCAGGAUCAGCCGCGUUCAGGGUGGUGGGGCCGGGACGCCCCCUCCCGGCCGCCGUGGGGAGCGACGUCGUCCUCCCGUGUCGAUUGUCCCCCAAAAGCGACGCUCGCCCCCUGGAGAUCCGGUGGAUCCGCCACCAGUUUUCCGAGACCGUCCAUCACUACCGGGCCGGCGAGGACCAGUACGGCGAGCAGCUCCUUGACUACAAGGGGAGGACCAAACUGGUGCGGGACGGGCUCGCCGACGGGGACAUCAACCUUCGCAUCACCCACGUCAGACCGUCCGACGACGGUCAGUACGUCUGCACCGUGGAGAACGGACCCGACUACCAAGAGGCCACCGUGGAGCUGGAGGUGACAGCCGUGGGCUCCGUCCCUCACCUCUCCCUGGAGUCCUACGAGCACGGCGGCAUCCGGAUGCUUUGCCGGUCGGCCGGUUGGUACCCCCAGCCCGAGGUGCUGUGGAGAGACCCCAGCGGGCACCACCUCCCGGCCACGUCCCAGCGCCGCUCGCCCGACCAGAGCGGCCUGUUCGCCGUCGAAGACGCCAUCGUGGUCACCAAGAACGGCAGCGGCUCGGGAACGUGGUCCUGCACCGUGCGCAACAGCCGCUUCCACCAGGAGCAGGAGUCGUCGCUGCACAUCUCAGCUCCGUUCUUCGACGACGCUCGUCCCUUCAUGGCGGCGCUCGGCGUGUUCCUCGUCCUCUCGCUGGCGCUAACGGGGCUCAGCGCUUAUCUCUACAGGAGAAAACUGAUACAGACGCGCCAGUUGGGCGAACAAGCCGAGGAACUGGUGUGGAGGAAAUUUCUGCUUCCUCAGAAUCCAGACGUGGUGACGCUGGACACCGACACGGCCCACGCCAACCUGGUCCUGUCCAACGACCUGCGCAGCGUCCGCUGGGAGAGCUCAAAGCUCAGCCUACCUGAGACCGACCGGAGGUUUAAGUCGCGCUGCUGCGUUUUGGGCCGGGAGGGGUUCAAAGAGGGGAGACACUGCUGGGGGGUGACAAUAGAGGGACAAGCCGGGGGCAACUCGUGGUGGGGGUUGGGAGUGGCCAAAGAAUCGGUGGAGAAAGGGGAUUUUGGGGAGUUAAGCUCGGAAAAAGGCGUCUGGGCCGUCCAGCACCGUAACGGACAAUUCGUGUCCCUCACGUCCCCCCGGACCCCUUUGGCGUUGUCCCCCGUCCCCAAAAGCAUCUGGGUGUUCCUGGAGCGGGCCCAGGGGACGGUGACGUUCGUCGAUGGCGCGAGCGGCGCCGAAUUUUGCCGGUUCGGCCCCGUUUCCUUCGGCGGGGAGAAGAUCCACCCCUGGUUCCGCGUGGAGACGGGGGCAACGCGGCUGUGCCUGCGGGACGGGACCCCCCGGCCCCCCCGGCCCCCCGGCCCCGGGGACAACGCGGACCCCAAAAUUGCUCCCGACACCUCCCUGGAGCCUCUGCUGGGGGGUAAAGGGGCUGAAAUCACGCUCCGCCCCCUCCCAGAUCAAACUGGGGGUCCCGGUGCCCCUGCGGUGUGAACUGGGGGUCCCAGCACCCCUGGGGUUCAAACUGGGGGUCCCAGCACCCCUGGGGUUCAAACUGGGGUCCCAGUCCCCCUGGGAUCUGAACUGGGGGUCCCAGCCCCCCUGGGAUCUGAACUGGGGGUCUCAGCCCCCCUGGGGUUCAAACUGGAGUCCCAGCCCCCCUGGGAUCUGAACUGGGGGUCCCAGCACCCCUGGGAUCUGAACUGGGGGUCCCGGUGCCCCUGGGAUCCAAACUGGGGGUCCCAGCACCUGUGGGAUUCAAACUGGGGUCCCAGCCCCCCUGGGGUCUGAACUGGGGGUCCCAGCACCCCUGGGGUUCAAACUGGGGUCCCAGCCCCCCUGGGGUCUGAACUGGGGGUCCCAGCUCCCCUAGAGUUUCAAACUGGGGGUCCCAGCCCCCCUGGGAUCUGAACUGGGGGUCUCAGCCCCCCUGGGGUUCAAACUGGGGUCCCAGCCCCCCUGGGAUCUGAACUGGGGGGCCCAGUGCCCUUGGAGUCUGAAAUGGGGGUCCCAGCCCCCCUGGCAUCCAAACUGGGGGUCCCAGCACCCCUGUGGUUCAAACUGGGGGUCCCAGCACCCCUGGGAUCCAAACCGGGGGUCCCAGCACCCCUGGGGUCUGAACUGGGGGUCCCAGCACCUGUGAGGUUCAAACUAGGGGUCCCAGAUCCUAUGGGAUUAAAACUGGGGUCUCAGCACACGUGGCAUUCAAACUGGGGGUCCCAGCCCCCCUGGAAUCCAAACCGGGGGUCCCAGCACCCCUGGGGUCUGAAAUGGGGGUCCCGGUGCCCCUGGGAUCCAAACUGGGGGUCCCAGCACCUGUGGGAUUCAAACUGGGGUCCCAGCCCCCCUGGGAUCUGAACUGGGGGGCCCAGUGCCCCUGGGGUUCAAACUGGGGGUCCCAGCACCCCUGGGGUUCAAACUGGGGUCCCAGCUCCCCUGGGAUCUGAACUGGGGGGCCCAGCUCCCCUAGAGGUUCAAACUGGGGGUCCCAGCCCCCCUGGGGUCUGAACUGGGGGUCCCAGCACCCCUGGGGUUCAAACUGGGGUCCCAGCACCCCUGGGAUCUGAACUGGGGGUCCCAGCACCUGUGGGAUUCAAACUGGGGUCCCAGCAUCCCUGGGGUCUGAACUGGGGGUCCCAGCCCCCCUGGGAUCUGAACUGGGGGUCCCAGCACCCCUGGAGUUCAAACUGGGGUCCCAGCCCCCCUGGGAUCUGAACUGGGGGUCCCAGCAUCCCUGGGAUCUGAACUGGGGGGCCCAGCCCCCCUGGAGUUCAAACUGGGGUCCCAGCCCCCCUGGGAUCUGAACUGGGGGGCCCAGCUCCCCUAGAGGUUCAAACUGGGGGUCCCAGCUCCCCUGGGAUCUGAACUGGGGGUCCCAGCUCCCCUGGGGUUCAAACUGGGGGUCCCAGCCCCCCUGGGGUUCAAACUGGGGUCCCAGCCCCCCUGGGAUCUGAACUGGGGGGCCCAGUGCCCUUGGAGUCUGAAAUGGGAGUCCCAGCCCCCCUGGCGUCCAAACUGGGGGUCCCAGCACCCCUGUGGUUCAAACUGGGGGUCCCAGCACCCCUGGGGUCUGAACUGGGGGUCCCAGCACCUGUGAGGUUCAAACUGGGGGUCCCAGAUCCUAUGGGAUUAAAACUGGGGUCUCAGCACACGUGGCAUUCAAACUGGGGGUCCCAGUACCCGUGGGGUCUGAACUGGGGGUCCCAGCACCCCUGGGGUCUGAAAUGGGGGUCCCGGUGCCCCUGGGAUCCAAACUGGGGGUCCCAGCACCUGUGGGAUUCAAACUGGGGGUCCCAGCACCCCUGGGGUGGAAUUGUAGGUUUUUUGGAUUUACAUCAAAUUCCAAUUUUGGAUUUAUGUUGCACUGGCGGUUUUUAUAUAUUUUUAUAAGUAUAUAUAUAUAUAUAUUCUGGACUGUGGUUGUUUUGGAUUUGUGUUGAAUUGGAUUAUUUAUAUCUGUUAUUUGUGCUGAACUGGGUCUGCAGGUCUUUCCCUUUGUGUCCUGCCCACGAUAUUCAAUUAAUAUUUGGAAAAUAUUGGAAUAAUUCCGUAUUUCCCAACCGGCCAUCUGGUAAAGCUUUUUAUGGUCUUU